CUGAACCAGAUCUUUUGUCGCUGCCUCGUCAACUUCCCGUUUGUUAUAGAAAGUGGAAACCGAAGAGAAACAGAGAACUGCGAAAUAUCCCGCUCGCUUUUCCUAUUGAGAAGACGCCAUGGAUGCGGCGAAGGUGACCCAGUUGAAGCUCUUCAUCGAACAAUGCAAGUCCAAUCCUUCCAUUCUCAGCGAUCCUUCCAUUUCCUUCUUCCGAGAUUACCUCGAGAGUCUCGGCGCUAAACUUCCUCCCCCAGCUUACAAGCAUGGCGAGUCACCUCCAACGCGCAGCUCGAAAACCCAAAUGGUGAAUGAGAGCGACGAGGAGAUGGAUGACCUAGAAGGUAAGGGCUCUCACCCAGAAGGAUCAACUACAGCUGAUGAAGGAUACGAGAGUGAACUUAUCGAAUCGGACAUCGAGCUUGAAGGAGAGACUCUAGAGCCGGACAAUGAUCCUCCACAGAAGAUGGGAGACCCGUCUGUUGAGGUUACGGACGAUAACCGUGAUGCGUCUCAAGCAGCCAAGGCACAAGCCAUGGAAGCAAUUUCAGAGGGUAAGCUGGGGGAAGCAAUCGACCAUCUAACGGAGGCAAUUUUGCUGAAUCCAAUGUCUGCGAUAAUGUAUGCAACCAGAGCUAGCGUGUAUAUCAAAAUGAAGAAACCUAAUGCUGCAAUUAGGGAUGCCAAUGCAGCGUUGGAGAUCAAUCCUGAUUCUGCUAAAGGUUACAAGUCUCGUGGUAUUGCACGAUCAAUGCUUGGCCAAUGGGAGGAGGCUGCUGUGGACCUUCACUUAGCAUCAAAAUUAGAUUAUGAUGAGGAAAUCAAUGCAGUACUUAAGAAGGUUGAGCCCAAUGCUCAUAAGAUUGAAGAACACCGUAGGAAGUAUGAAAGGUUGCGCAAGGAGAGAGAAGAGAAGAGAAUUGAGCGUGAGAGACAACGUCGAAAGGCCGAAGCUCAGGCUGCAUACGAGAAGGCCAAAAAGCAGGAGCAGUCAUCUUCAAGUAGAAAGCCUGGAGGCAUGCCUGGUGGAUUCCCUGGUGGAAUGCCCGGGGGCUUUCCUGGGGGUAUGCCUGGAGGGUUUCCAGGUGGAAUGCCUGGAAAUAUUGAUAUGAGCAAAAUCCUGAAUGAUCCUGAGUUGAUGGCAGCAUUCAAGGAUCCAGAAGUCAUGGCUGCUCUUCAAGAUGUAAUGAAGAACCCUGCUAAUCUUGCAAAGCACCAGGCCAAUCCCAAGGUGGCUCCUAUCAUUGCAAAGAUGAUGAGCAAAUUUGCGGGACCUAAAUAAAUAAUGUUGGAGGAUGAGAUCAGUCCCAUGGGAGCUCCCAACUUCGGCGUUGCUUGAUUAUGAUCGUGUGCAUAAGUCACCAUGUUUACUCGGAACAGACUCGGAAGUCGGAACGUUCUACUAGCAUAAGCCCAUUUUUACAUUUGGUUAACAAAUUUUUAUUCAAAGUGCUGAAAAAUUUAUAGGUAAGGAUUAUUGUUCCUGUCCUAGAGUUUAAUGGCAUGCAUGAUAGGGA